CGUGUUUCCGGCCGGCCGGUUGUGGCUGUUGCACUGACUGUAAGUAGCACAUGGUCAUGAUGUACCGGGAGCGAGACUAUUGGGACUCUCGUUACAAGGAGGAGCACGAUCAGACGGAGAAAUAUGACUGGUUUGGGAGUUACCGGGAUUUCCGGGACCUUGUCAGACGGCACAUUAAACCGGGGACACGUGGACUAGUACUGGGUAUAAAUGCACAUUGACUUAUUACACUACAUUGUACACUAGUACUGGGUAUUAAUUCACACAGGGACUUUAUAACGACACAUAUAAUGCAUUUUAGUAUGUGCUGCAAUGACAAUGUAUUUCUCUAAGAUAAUCAGCAAACGUCCCAUAGCUAUUGUGUACUGUAGCAGCAUUGAUUUUCCCAGUGGAGAUCCAUUUGAUUAGGAGACAAUUUGUAAAGAGGCAGUCUAAGCACGAAAACAACUAAAGCUCAGUCUGUAGUGUUUAUACUAUAUUAGCACCCGCUCAGGUUUUUUUUAUUUUUAUAUUGUUUCCAUGUCACAAAGUUUGGGAGUGGUGAGUUAAAAACCAGGGCUUUCCCCUUGUAUCCCUCUCUCGUCUGUUUUGAGUAUCACUGCUCUCCAGGUUAGUUAUGGGAAUUAGUAUGGAUUAUAUCGACAUAUUUUUUCAUCAAAUGCCAGAGAGCCACACUGUUAGUGACAAAUGUGAGAAUUGGCAAAACCUGCUUAAAAUGUUAUUAAUUUAGUUUCAAUAAUAAUGAAACAUUGACAUUUUUCCUUAAAGUGAGAGUUUGAAGUAAAAUGUUACUCAUAGGGUUUUCCUGUUUGGUAGUUGAUGUGCGAAGUUGGGUGUUCGAGGGUUUACCUGAUGCUGGCUCUGGUUCUUCUGCAUUUAGUGUGUUGAUUUAAAUGGGUUGUUGUGUUUUCUUGACCAUCAUGUCCGUUUUUAGGUUUGCUGUCCUCCAUUUGUGGAUGUGAUGGUAGCUGCAUUUUUCUGUGACUCGUUAGUUGUUUCAAUGUAAGCUAUCGUUAGAAUAUUGGAUGGUGUGUGGCUUAUUAUCCUUCAGUGGGUUUUAAGAGCUUUUAAUACAGACCCUAUGCAGUAUAGGUGACAGUGAUGGUGCCUGAUGGUCUCCACGUGUUACCUCAGUGAUGGGAACAGGCUUUUCACCCAUGUUCAAUGCUUCUGUAUUUGGUAUGUUCUUCAUUUAGUCUUAAUGAACAAACAAAAAGAGGAGUCCACACUCUUAUCUGGGUCAACGAACAAACAAAAAGAGGAGUCCGCACGCAAUUUAGCUUGAAAAAGAUCUAUCUAUCUAAGACCGAAACGUUGUGUGUUUUUCUAAUAAAACUGCUGCAAAAAUGGUCCUGAGUGCCUGGACUACAUUUGUUCUUAAUUUAGUGUUAGUCUUUUGACACAUUUUUGAGUAUAAUUUUUGAGGUAAAUUAAUCAGUACGGACAGAAAAAUGACAGUAGUCAUCUGGAUGUUCAAUAUUAUUCCUUGCCUUGCAAGCAAAUCUAAAUAUUACCCUCAAUGGUCACAUCCAUAAUAAGCAGUAAUUCUGCAAGUGCGUCAGUUAUAUAAUGACAGCUGUGUACUAUCAUUGGAAAAGCACUCCUACUUACAUUAAGAUAUUAACUGCCUGUAUUUUUUGUUGGACCUUUUUGCAUCUAAUAAAGUGUUUGUUUUUUUAAAUUAAUAAACUACAACUUGCCUUGAUUACUUUUUUUGUGUUACUUGAUCUAGAACAAUUCUUCUUUCCUGAAAUACUGGAAGGUAAACUAAUUAUUUACUGCACAAAAUACAAGAUGAAUGCCUCAACAAUGAAAAACAGUUUUAUAAUCUGGCUUUUUUUUCAUGUUGUAUUUUGAUUUUCUAUGAGAAAGGAUGGAGAUGAUCAAGUAUGAUGAUCUCAGUGGAGAUAGAGGGAGUUUUUAAAGGUGGCAAUCUGCUUAAUCUGGAGCAACUGAAGAACUCUGUUUGGAUUUCCCCCAGCACUAUAUUGUUCUACUGCAUUAAAAAAAUGAAUUUUGUAAGACAUUCCUUUUUAAAAUAUUCCUCUUAAUUUCCAUGUUGAGAACAGUGGGGCACGCAGAUUGCCAUGCCAAUGAGGCUGUAUGUACCGUUGUUACAAGGAAGUGCCUACCUAUGGGGUUCUGCAGUUUACUUUUAAACCCUGAGUCUACCAUGCAAAUUUUAGAACAGACAUCAAAAUAGCUUAGGCAAGCUGUUCCUGUGUGUAAACCAUGCCUGUGAUUUUAUGUGAUGAGUGGUUUCAAACAGAAUAUUUUAGAUAUGAUAUCAUGUACGUGAAUUAGUAAUUAGUAAGAACAUAAUGGAGAAAAAGUCAAAACAAAACACAGUUUAGGGCAACAUCCUUUAAAGUAACCUUCUAAGAUUAAAUAUAUUUACUAGUAUUCAGAAAAAAAAAAAAAAAAAUCCUCUCACACGUGUAAAAUGUGCAGCUCUUCUUUGCUGCAAAUCUUGCUUUUUGUAGCAGAGCUGAUACACCACAUUUUUGUAGAGACCUUAGUUCCUUGUUGGUGCUGGACAAUGACCAAUAAUUGCCUCUUACAGAGAAACUGUGCGGACACAAGGAGCAUAAUAUAUCAUAAACACUCAUAACAGUUUAGUGAAUGGACACCACAUACAUUUAAAAGCUGUAAAAAUAUAUGUGAUAUAGAAGGGAAAAAAUAGCUGUAAAAAAAUAAAAUAAUUUGUAGAUAUUUUACAAAUUGUAUGGGGGGGGUGGGGGGGAGAAAUACAGCAACCAUAUGGUAUAAUGGUUCUUUCUUCCUUUGUACAUGUUUGCAGGCUUUGAUGAAUUAUCAAGUCUUGUGAGAUUUAUCUCACACAGCGGGCUGCUAGCAGGCAAGAGACAAGGUUUUUGCAGCUGUUAACAUGUAAUUAACAUAUAUCUGUGAAUCCUUCAUAACUCUAAAUAGGGUAAUAAGGACUCGCCUGCCCCAUCUCCUCCAGCAGAUCCCAACUAUUCGAGCUAUGCUGAAAGUAAGAUCUCAAAAUGAAACUUUAUUUUUCAGAAUCUGACUUUGAGAGUCGCAGCUGGGGGAGGUGUGGCUUGGACUGCAGAAAUAAAGUAAUUUUCACCUAUAAAUGGUGAGAACUGAACAAUAAAAUGGUCAUAUACUAACGUGAGAAUUCAAAGAGAAUUACAAAUUUAAGGCCACAGUAGCUGAACUGAAAGCGUAUCUGACUUAGAGAUGAUUUCCAGUUAAGCUAUUGUGACCUUUAAAUUAGAAAUUCACUUUGAAUUCAAUGUGAAUUCUCACUUUAUUGAAUAACCUUGUGAGACUACAGGGUCAUGAUCCGUGCACCAAAACCACUUUAUUAAGCAAAGUGUUUUUAGUGCUUCGAUUGUCCAUUUAAGAUAGAUGAGCCUGUAGUACAUUUGCUGAAACUAACCUAAAAAUGUAAAAAAGAAGGCAACAUUGUUCCACUGUUCCAUUGCUCCAUUUGGAAAAGGUUUUCUCUUUGAUGUCAGAUCUCUGUAAGGAUAGCUAUAAAGUUUCUGACCUUAGAUCCAAGCAAAUCACAAAAACCUUAAAUGUAAGGCCACUGUGGAAUUGGAACCUGGUCCUCUGGCUGCUGCUAAAGAUAUAAUGCCGUUGGAUCAUUGAGCAAAGCAUCAAUGUACUUUGAUUAUGGAAUGCUUUUUGUUGGUAAUUAAUAAGGGCGGGCUAGUAGAUAUAGUUGUUUUUAUUUUUUUUAAUUGCACAGAUUUUCUUUAAAAAAAACAAAACCGGGGCGGAGCCAGCUCUCGGCAUGAACGGUCGCACUUCUCCUGCUCUCUGCCGACCGCAGCCCAAAACCGGACGAAAAAGACCCCAAAAGCCUUCCCUUCUGGUAACAGACGGCCUGCAACUACUCCCCCUGAUAUGGGGAGAAAGACCAAAAAGCCGCGGCCCGAUCGCCCGCGAUUUACGGCCGAUAUCGGCGAUUUACUGAGGAGGCUGCAUGGCGCGGCGGCGCCCAACAUGGCGGCCGAAUAUGAGGAUUUCUCAGAAAGCUCGGACGACACAUCCCUCCACUGCCCUGAGACACUGGGGUACAAGGGACCUCCUAAACUCAAACAACAGCCGAUGGGCUCCCCAAUCACUACGGAGAUUCUUACCUCUCUCCUGACUGACCUACGCCAGUCGCUCUCUGCAGAGAUCUCCCAGGUAAGGGAGGAUGUAAAGGGGUUCACUGAUCGCCUCUCAGCAGUGGAGCAAUCCACCCAGGCACAAACAGCACAAAAAACAGAGCUGCAGAAUCAGGUCAAAGACCUCUCCUCAGCCCACAUCACACUCACCCACCAACUAGCAGCAAUGGAAGACAAAAGGAGGUGGAAGCAUGUUAAAAUCAGAGGCCUCUCAGACGCAAUUGCCCCAGCCGAACUUCCCCACCUACUCAGAAGGCUUUUCACAGCCCUCCUGUCCCCCAAACAAGCUAAAGGGGUGCAGCUAGAUGGCAUGUUCCGCUUGCCCAAGCCGACACAACUUGCAAAUUCAGCGACAAGUGACCUUCUGGUCAAAUUUCAAAAUGGGCAAGACAAAACUGCCUUAAUGGGCUCCAUCAGGGGACAAAAUCCAUACCGCUUUGAGGACAUGGACUUAACGUUCUAUUCCGACCUCUCACGCACAACACUGCAAUGGCGGAAAUCUCUCCGACCACUUACAGCGGCAUUGACGGCUAAGGGAGUGAAGUAUCGCUGGGGACCAUCACACAUACUCCUCAUCCAACACCAAGGCAAGGAAUAUAAAGCGACGGACGUCGCAGAAAUGGACACUGUCUUGACCGACAUGGGACUACGGCCAUCUUCAACCGCUACAACCUGGGAUCCGACUAAAGUUGUCCCAUUUGUUCCAGCAUCCAGGGGAACGCUUGGAGAGCAGACUACCUGAACCGGGACUUUUGAGUUACUCUUGUUUUGCUUUUUGUUUUGUUUUAAUGUUCUCCCUCUUAUACACACCGCUGUAAACGUACAAGUUUACUCCCAGGGCAUAGGCCCUAUUGAGGGGUAACCCAGAAACCCCUACACACACAUAGCAGGAUUGCUAUACGGCUAUCAAGUGCGUUUUCCUGGCACUGCAGGAUCCUGCAAUGUUCUCCUCCCUGCCACUCCCCAUACCAUGUUGCUGAAGGGGUUAAAACCCUUUCAGUGACUUACCUGAAUCCAGCGCCGAUGACCCUCGGCGCUGGGUCAGGCUCCGCCCACGCUCCUCACCCCCAACAUCAGCCGGCAGCAGAGACCUAAUGCGCAUGCGCGGCAAUUGCCGUGCGCGCAUUAGACCUCCCCAUAGGAAAGCAUUAUUAAGUGCUUUCCUAAGGAGAUUCCGGCAAUGCUAGAGGUCCUAAUGCAGAAUGUGAGGAUGUCCAGCGUCAUUUAAAACACUUUUCAUGUUCUAAGAAGCCGGAAGUCCCUCUAGUGGCUGUCUGAUAGCUGCUAGAGGAGGACUUAACCCUGCAAGGUAAAUAUUGCAGUUUAUAAAAAUAGCAAUAAUUACACUUGCAGGGUUAAGGGUGAUGGGAGUUGGCACCCAGACCACUCCAAUGGGCAGAGGGAAAACAACAGUAUUUGUAUCUAAUUUUAUCUAAUUAAUUACAUUGCAAAUUAUUACUGUUGGUCAGACCCACUAGCUAGUUAGCUGAGCUAAGCCGAGGAUGUUUGUGACUGCCAAAUGUAUUUCUUUACCGUUACGAUUAUAGAGGGUGGAGGUGUUUUUAAACUCGCCCUAAGGGACAUUUAAGGGUGCAGUUUGUAUCUGUGAAUUACUUCUAUGUCUAAGGACUGGGUGGUCUGAAACAUGUAAGAUUUUAUUUUUGGCUUGUGUUUUCCCAUGUAUGUUUAUGUACUUUGUGGAAUAAACCUUUCCUAUUGGAUUUAGAGCCGCUUGCUUUUCCUGGCAUAAUUUUUCUGUUUUUUCUUUGCAGCACUUUAUGAGGAUUUGGAGUUCCUUGAUUGGUGUCCUCAGUCCCAAAUGAGAUUUGUUUCUUUACCCCACUUUCAGUUUUUUCCUUUGACCUUUAACCCCUUAAGGACACAUGACAUGUGUGACAUGUCAUGAUUCCCUUUUAUUCCAGAAGUUUGGUCCUUAAAGGACCACUAUAGUGCCAGGAAAACACACUUGUUUUCCUGGCACUAUAGUGCCCUGAGUGUGCCCCCACCCUCAGGGUCCCCUUCCCCCCGGGCUCUACGGUGAGGAAGGGGUUAAACUUACCUCUUUCUCCAGCCUUGGACGGGGCAAGUGCCACGCGCGCAUUCAGCCAUUCCAUAGGAAAGCAUUCUCAAUGCUUUCCUAUGGACGCUGGCGUCUUCUCACUGUGAAAAUCACAGUGAGAAAUGCGGAAGCGCCUCUAGCGGCUGUCAGUGAGACAGCCACUAGAGGCAGGAUUCCCAUAGGUAAACAUAGCAGUUUCUCUGAAACUGCUAUGUUUACAGAAAAAAGGGUUAAUCCUAUCUGGACCUGGCACCCAGACCACUUCAUUAAGCUGAAGUGGUCUGGGUGCCUAUAGUGGUCCUUUAAGGGGUUAAAGGGAUUUGUGCAUUUGUACUUCACAGCACAGUGUUAUCCACUUCCUGGUUUCCAAGUACUUUUUUUCUGAUUUCCAAAAAAGGCUUACUUGCCUUAAACAGAUACUCCUAUUCUUGUUAUGUAUGUAAGAGCAGUUACUGACAGUCUAACUGAAGGGGCACCGAAAGUAUUUGAGUUGGAAUUGUUUCCUAAGACAUGGACGAGUCUUGUGAUGUACACACAUUAAAUAAGCUGCAUCUUAUGGCACAGACUGGUACGAUCAGAGAAGUCAGCAACCUCUCCAUGUAAUUACUGUGUAAUUAUCCACACAAAAUGUAGAGUUAUAUGGAAAAAAACAUUGCAUACAGCUCUCCUUAUUUCACACUGGCAAAUCUAUAAGACUUUCUGAAUGUGGAGGUGAUGGAUGUCAUUCAUUGCUGUGUCUGUGAUUGCAGGUUGUGGCACUAGCUCUCUAAGUGUGGAUCUGCACAGAGAUGGAGUGGACCCAAUCGUUAGCAUUGAUUACUCUCCUGUUUGCAUCAAGGAGAUGGAGCAGAAGCAUGCUGGCAUACCUGACAUGACAUGGCUGGUGAUGGAUGCUCGACAGCUGGAGUUUCCUGAUGCAAGUUUUGAUUUUAUCAUUGAGAAGGGGACGCUGGAUGCCAUGAUGGUGGGAGAGAGAGACCCUUGGAGAGUUACCCCUGAGACAGUCGCUGUCAUAGAUAAAGUGUUGAGUGAGGUGAGUGAAGUAUCAAUGAUGCAUAUUUCAAUUGUCAUUUGACUAUACACCUGGGCUCGUUGCAGUUUGUGUGAUACAGCUAAUUAUGGUGGGUGUCUUUUAUUUUUAAAUUAAAAAAAAAAAAGUGUUUAUUUUAUAAUGCAUGAGUGAGCUUCAUUCACUUCUGGAUUUGGGGUGAGAACUCAAAUGAGAUUCUGCUCAGCCAAUGACUGUGCAGAAAAUUCAAAUUAAGUAUUUUUUUUAAAUUGUUUUUAACUUAUUAUUGUGUGUAUUGUAUGCACUUUCUAUAGAACACAUUAUUAAAAAAAAAAAAUGCAUCAAGUCCUAUCCAGACUGUCCCUUUAACAAAAUUGGUUAGUUACUUUAGAUACAUAGAUUGUAUAAUCUGCCUGUUGCACACGUAUUGAGUGCACCUAUAGAGUAUCAUCACUCAAAUGUAACUCACAUGUACCAUCUUACUGCAUGCACAGAGCCUCAUUACUGAGACUAGCAAUAGCUAAAUGUACCCUCACUGAUACCUUACUGGUAUGGAUUAUUAUUGAAAUUAAUAAAUGCAUGUGAUAUGUUAUGCCACAUAUCAUUAGGAUUUAAAUUCCAGAUAUAUGUACAUGGUAAGUUUAUGUUGCAUCCAUCUCUGGAAAAAGUCAAAAGCAACAUAUUAAAUUAAUUAUUUCCAGCUUUGUAGAGUUACCUGCAAUCACCCCCCGCACCCCCCCCCCCAUAUGUUGUGAAUGAUAGCUGAUUGGAAAACGUAUCUUUUUAUAUAAGUAGAUGUCUGUGGCAUCUCACCGUACAUGUGGUAGAAGAUCUUAGCAGGAUCCUAUGGUCCAUCUGGAUCUUCUAUAAGCCGGUAGUUUACCCUUUAACCCAUGAGCAAGACUAAAAAUUUACUGCUGAAGCGAACAUGCCGGAGGAAGGCACUAAUAGUGGAACAAAUUGACGUUCCCAUUCAAUCCAUUUUCUAAUAGCAGGUUCCAGCAGACAUAUUAUCUGAAUGGGUCUUUACAAAACAGAAGACCACCAAGUCACACUUGUACAGUUUACAUUGACAAUAAGCAUAUAUUCAUACUUUUGUUAGAAUUUUUUCUUUUUUUUCUUUUUUUUUUUUUUGCUUUGAAACCUUUGGUCCAUGUGAUUAUUUAUCUUGUUUUUAAUUUCUUUUAAACUUUACUUAACUUUAACUCUUUCACUGAAUACAACAAAAUCCCAGCACUUGCAUAAGUCUACCUUCAUGUUUUCUCCUCUAAGAGGUUUUUAUUUGCAUUACAUUGUUGCACCACUCUAUAGUGAACACAUGGUGGUGUUUUGAGUCUAUUUUGCCAGUCAACAUGGUGCAUUUUUAUCUUAGCAAUUUGUUUCCAAGGACAAAGAUAUGUAUUGUAGAAACUUACAGUAAUAAACGCCCUGUAAGAUGAAAUUUGGCAUGUUGUUUCCUUGUGCUCCCCAUGGUUUCAUUUUUAUUUUUAUUUUUUUUUCUUCAACUAAUGUUCUGACUUUUCUAAAAUGUUUGUUACUACAAUAAGGAUCAAGGGAAUGUCCAUCAUAAUUGGUAACAUUUUGUUAAUUGACUUUAAACAUGUGUAAGUAUUUUCUCUUGAAAGUGAACCUGGUACCAUCCAAAAUCCUUAUAGGGAAGCCAUUUUCGCUCCAUCCCACUGUCUCUUUGUAAAGGGGAAAUAUAUAGACAAUAAAGCUGUGUGUUUCUCCUCAUGAACCCAGGGCAAACUUGUAGCUACUGAUCAUAGUGACCAUACUUAUCACAUUGUCUCCAGAUCAGGAAAUAAUCAGGCAUAUGGUAUUCAAGAAGCAAGUGCCUUUUAUUAGAGUAUCCAGGUUAUUUACUAAACUGAGAUCUUAAAGUGAACUUUAAAUGUAAGACCAGAGUAACUGAAUUGGACGCAUAGUUGUCUAUUUUGGCCUUACAUUUUCUAUCCACUUUGAAAUCUUACUUUGGUGAAUAGCCCUGUUAGACUUUGUGAAAUCCUGUCAUAAAGAUUAGGAAAGUAGGUGUACAAAAGAAACAGCGGGGAAAGAAGAAAACAAGUUGUAAGGCUAUAAUCAUUCAUUUAUCAUCGAUAUCCCUUUAACAUAUUUCAGUGAAAGAAAUGCUUUAAAUUAAGAAAAUAAAAUCAAAAACGACCACAUUGGAAAAUGAAAUACAUGUUUCACGUAGGCUGUGUGAGUCACAACAAGGGGAGGUGUGGCAUAAACAGAAACAAAUGUUUUUAAAUAGCAGAUGGUUGAACUUUGACACUGCCGAGGCAUGAGAUAUACACCAAAACUACUUUAUUUAAGGAACACUUGAACGUUGGGAAUAUAAACAUUUAUUCCUAACUCUAUGGUAUUCUAGUAACUAGUUAGAUGACCACCCUUCCCUCAAAUGAAAUAAAAAAACACAUUUUGCCUACCUUUACUCCUUGGUUCACUAGUCUCAAUAUGGCUGCUUUGCUGUCUCAGCUGAGAACAUUAAUCCUGAUGAUCUCAGCCAAUCCAAUGCUUCACCAUAGAGUAAGGGGUAGAUCAUCUGCCCAUUGAGAUACCUUGAGUCAAUACUUCUCCAUGGGGAGCAUUCAUCUCCACGCAGAGUGUGGAGAUGCAAGUCUGAACCCAGGAAGUCCCUCCAGUGGCCAUCCGAGUGACAGCUACUAAGGAUGGCUUUAGGCAGCAGUGUAAACACUCACAUUUCUCAGAAUAUGCAACAGUAAAACAGUUUUUAGUAAAAACCAAAGUAAAAAAGUUACCUGCGCUCUUUCCACAUCCCUAUGUAUUUUUAAAUACCUGCCACGUCAAGGCAGACCUUUUGUAUUUGUAUUCACUUUUGUAUCACACAGCUUAGUUACAAUGCUGCUGCCCAUCCCAUGUGUUCCCUAUUAAGGGUUAAUAGGUAUGUAGGGAUGCAUAUAAAAUAUACCCCUUUCUGUCUCAUUAGAGAUAUCUUUGCCAGAAGCUCAAGGAAGCAAGGCUGAUGGUUAGAGUUAGGACCCACCUAAGAGGUCUGCCUUGACGUGGCAGGUGGGCAUACCCUCUCAUGGCCAUUGGAGGUAACUAAAAACCUCAAUUUGUUUAAAAAUACAUAGGGAUGUGGAAAGAGUGCAGGUAACGUUUUUCCUUUGGUUUUAACUAUGUGUAUUUGGGCUGAUGUGUACUAUGGUUGUUGCUGCCGCCCAGGAGUAAAGGGAGUUUGAGCGCAGGACUUGUUUCUUUGUAUUUAUUUACGCUACUCAGCCUGCAGGGUUAGGUUCAAGACACUACAUUAAGCUGUAGUGGUACAGGUAUUUAGAGUGUCCCUUUAAGCUAACAUUCAUUUGGUGCUUAAAAUACCUCUUUAAAUAUUAUCACAGGGAAUCUUUUAAUGGAAAUAAUAACACUUUUAUUGGCAAAACAGUGGAUUCAAUAUCUUGAAAGACUGGUCAUCCUGGCUAGAUACAUUUUCUUCCCCUUGGACACCACCCAACAUUCUGACAUUUUGACCCACCAGGUUAUUGUUAAUGGAUUAAGAAAUAGUGCUAGCAUUUCUGUUUUUUCCCUCAUGGGGUGAGACAUGGGUCUUAACCCUCCAACUUCCCCCUAUUUUUUUUUCUCUUCCUCUCACGCUCUUCCUUUCCUUUCCUCUUUCUUUACUCCCUACUGCUCCCUACUAUCUUUUUCUAUUUCUAAUUUCCUCUCUCCCUUCAGUGACUGAUCUCAUCUUUGUGGUGAGCAGAACGGUGCUAGUUCAUCCCCAGUUGGAUUUUAUUAAGAAAAAUGUUAGCCCUUUCCAUUCUACCCCGGAGCUAGUUUGUGAUGUCUCUUCGUAAUCUCUUUUGCUUUCCUUAUUGCACCGCUAUAGAAAUUGAAAACUCAAUAAAGAAUACAUUACAAAAAUAUGUCCGUAUCUUGAGAAGAUACAUAUUUGAGGGGCAGUUUUCUAAAUCGUUGAGAGCAUAGCACAUUUUUGCAGACUAUUGUUGUGAUUAUUCUCAGCCAGCCAAUUUACAUUCUGAGAAAUGUGUUCAUUGUCUGCAGUGCCAAUAUCCAUCACUGAUUUAGAUUGAAAUGUAGACAGGGACAGGGCUCUGCACCCCUUUUUAUCUAAAAAGCAAAGUUUACUAAUGCAAAUAUGAUUUAAAAAAAAUAAUUUAAAUUGUACUUUGAAUACAUUUUAAAGUGUUGUUACAGGGUCAGAGUUAUAUGUUUAAUGUUUAGUCUCUUUCUUUUCUUUUCGCUUCUUUUCUCCUUUUUCUUUGCUUUCUUCAUUGGCUAAAGGUCAUAUUUUAACAGGGAAAUCAAUACAAUAAGGUAAUCUCAGCACUACAUUGACAUCACUGUCUUCUAUUGGGAUUGACCAACUGGAUAAAUGGAUUGUAAAUGAAUGUGUGUUUACAAGGUUUGUAGAGAGGGUUGUAGAACUGUCAAAGAAAUUUGUAUUCCUAUAAAUAUCUGGGCAAUCAAUGAUACCACCCUGCAUGUAAUAAUGUUUAGUACUAGGACAUGCAGUUAUGGUGUAUGAAUAAUUAAUUUUAUAUAUAUAUAUAUAUAUAUAUAUAUAAAAAUACAGUGAUCAUGGCGAGCAGCAACAUGUCACAUUGUAAUGUGACGUAACAUGCCAAUGGAAGUUAUAGCCGUGUUAUAGAAUAUGCAAUUAAAUGUCUGAAAUUUAUGUAUAGAUGUGUAUUUCAUUCCUCAAUCACCAAUCAGCAGGCAAUGUAAAAUUAACACCAUAUGUAUAUAUAAAGAAAUAUAUAUAUUUGUCUGUUUAUACAUAGCACUACCCAGAAAUAUGUUGAGUUUGUCUGUGUGUUGGCUGGACCUGCAACAGCAUGUGGUAAUGUGUCCGUUUGGUCAUCUGAUUGAUGGCAGAAACUAUUUUUGCUUCAAAGGGACACUAUAGUCACCAGAACAACUACAGCUUAAUGUAGUUGUUCUGUUGAGUAAUAGUCAGUCCCUGCAGGCAUUUCUAUGUAAACACUGCCUUUUCAGAGAAAAUAUUAGGUGACUCCCUGUCCACCACCUCAGUCUCACCCCUAAAUUUAAAAUGUCCCUCUUUGUCCAUUUGAAAUGUUGGGAGGUAUGAAAGAACGAUGUGACGCGUGCACGCACGUUCGCUUGCUUGAUAUGGCGGGCCAGUAGGGUGAGGGGGUGCUACACGCUGAUUGUGAGUUCCAGCGAGAAGCUUAGGUUUGCGGCGAAAAUUUGAAGAGAUGGAGGUAGAACUCUCAGAAGAUACAAGCAGUAGCUGUUGGGAGUCUGUGUUCAUUUGCCCUUUUUAAAAAUGUUUCUCUUCGUCCUGUGUUUGCGUGUCGGCGCUCUGCUCUUGGAGGACCACGGAGAAGCAGCAUCAAUAACAUAAGCAGGGGCUUACACGAGGGGUAAGGAGAGUUCUGCAGAAUCAUGCUGGUCCGUUCCCAUUAAGAAAAAAGUAUUUGAAGGUCACUUGGAAAUUGAGAUAUGUAUGUUCCUUGAACCCCUUUACUUUUGCUCACACACGUUUUAAAUCUUUUGAUAUUGAUGUAACACUGUGAUUGUGAUUAUAUGGAAUUAAACUACUGUGUUCAGGUGGAGAGUGGGAACAAAAUAGGAAAUCUGUUUUUGUGUGCUGUGAUCCCACACUGAUCUCACAGCUGUAUGGGAGUGAGUGGAAGAGAAAAGCAAAAUGGCACCUAAACAGAAAGAUAAAGAUAAAACCUGAAAAAGGAAAAAUUCCCUCCAUUUGAAAAAGACAAAGAAAAAAAUCGACCUAUAAGCACUUUUUACUCCCCGAAAUUAAAUGAGAGCUACAAAGACAAACAGAGAAAGUCUCUCCCAUUAGAUACUAAGGGAACAGACAAACACAGAUCCUCUGAAGCGACAGAUUCAAUUGCCGAAGGCCCUAAAUCUCAAGAGAUCACUCAACCGCUAUUAACAGCACUUCUAGAUAAAUUAUAAAUCAAAAUUAAGAAAGAUAUUGAACUUAACUUGGGAGAAUUGAGAUCUGAAAUCACUUCCAAGCAAAAGCUUUAUCCUCAAUUCAAGAGGAAAAUAAGCUACUUCAAAUCUCUUAUUUACAUAGUACUUACAUAGUUACAUAGCUGAAAAGACACUUGCAUCCAUCAAGUUCAGCCUUCCUCACAUUUGUUUUUGCUGUUGAUCCAAAAAAAGGCAAAAAGAAACCCAGUCUGAAGCACUUCCAAUUUUGCAACAAACUAGGAAUAAAAAAUUCCUUUUUGACGCCAGAAUGCCAGUCAGAUUAACCCUUGCAUCAAGAAGCUAUUACCCUACAUUACCAAUUUUAUCUUUGAAUAUUCUGUUUUUUGCAAGUCAGCAUAUAGUUGCUGUUUGAACAUCUGUACGGACUCUGAUAAAACCACUUCUUCAGGCAAAGAAUUCCACAUCCUUAUUGUUCUUACAGUAAAAAAACUAUUUCUUUGCCUUAGAUGAAAUCUUCUUUCUUCAAGUCUAAACGCUUGACCUCGUGUCCUAUGUAAAGUCUGGUUUGUGAAUAGAUUUCCACACAAUGGUUUGUAUUGGCCCCGGAUAUAUUUGUAUAAUGUUAUCAUAUACUCUCUGAGGCGCCGUUUUUCUAAACUAAAGAGGUUUAAAUUUGUUAACCUUUCUUCAUAGCUGAUAUGUUCCAUUCCUUUUAUUAAUUUUGUAGCCCGCCUCUGCACUUUUUCUAGUGACAUAAUAUCCUUCUUUAGAACAGGUGCCCAAAAUUGCACAGCAUAUUCAAUAUGGGGUCUUACCAGUGAUUUAUAAAGAGGCAAAAUGAUAUUCUCAUCCCGAGAAUGAAUGCCCUUUUUCAUGCAUGACAAUAACUUACUGGCCUUAGCCACUGCUGAUUGACAUUGCACAUGGUUGCAUUGUUUGUUCCCAAGUGCUUUUUGUGUGUUGUUAUCCCUAAUUCGCUUCCAUUGAGGGUAUACGUUGCUUGUGCAUUCUUUACGCCGAAGUGCAUAGCUUUGUAUUUUUCAACAUUAAAUUCCAUCUGCCCAGUCCCCCAGUCUUUCUAAAUCCCUCUGCAGCAAAGUAAUAUCUUGCUCACAUUGUAUUACUUUAGAGUUUUGUGUCAUCUGCAAACACUGAAUCAUGACUUUCAAUGCUUUUUUCAAGAACAUGUUAAAUAGAAGGGGUCCCAGAACAGAACACUGAGGGACACCACUUGCCACCUCUGUCCAGCUUGAAAAUUUACCAUUAAUGACAACUCUUUGUACUCUAUUUUUAAGCCAAUGUUCUACCCAAGAACAAGAAAUUUAAUCUAAACCGAUUUCUUUGAGUUUUAAUACUAAUCUACUGUGUGGAACUGUAUCAAAUGCCUUGGCAAAAUCCAAAUCGAUCACAUCCACUCCAACACCCUGAUCUAUACUUCUACUUACUUAUUCGUAAAAUUCAAUCAAGUUAGUUUGACAUGACCUGUGCUUCAUAAAACCAUGCUGAUUUUUGCUGAUAACCAUGUUCUUCUCAAGGAAUUAUUAUUAUCCCUUAAUCUUUCAAAUACUUUUCCAGCCACAUAAAUUAAGCUCACAGGUCUAUAAUUUCCAGGCAAGAAUUUUGAACCCUUUUUGAAUAUAGGAACUACAUCUGCCUUGCUCCAAUCCUCUGGAACACUUCCUGAAAGAAAAGAAUCUUGAAAAAUUAGAAACACUUAUUUCUACACUUAGUUCCUUAAGUACUCGUGGAUGAAUACCGUCAGGCCCUGGAUCUUUGUUUAUAUUAACUUUCUUUAGUUGCAGCAGCACCUUGUCUUGAGUUAACCAAUUACAAUUUUUCUGCAAGUUUUUAGCAGCAAUCAUUUGCACAUCUAUUGCCAUGGGUUUUUCCUUAAUUUAUACGGAGGAGAAAUAGUUAUUUAAAAUUUCUGCCUUUUCCUGGUCUUCAUUAACUAUCACCUCCAUCCCACUUUUUUAGUAUACCUACACUUUUUUGUUUUUUUGAGAAUUUAUGUACUUAAAAAAAAUGCUUUGGGGUUGGUUUUUCUCUCUUUGGCUAUCAUUUUUUCAUGUUGAAGUUUAUCGAAUCUAAUCGCCGUUUUGCACACAUUAUUGGCUUCCUUAUAUCUUCUAUAGGAUGCUUCUGAUUUGUCUGAUUUUAUUGCUUUAAAUGCCCUUUUAUUAUUUUUAAUCUCUUGUUUAAAAAUAUUUAAAAAUGGAAUCUAAAAUAAAAAGUCUGGAGGAAAAAAAUAAUUGAUUUGGAAGACAGGGCAAGGCGCAAGAACAUUCGCCUCAGAGUGAUACCAGAAGUGGUACAACAAAACCAACUUAUUAAAUUUCUCAAGAGAUAUCCUUUUGAAUAAGCUCAUAGAGUACCGAAACCCAAAGGCAUUGACGCAUUUUUACCCAGGGACGUUAUUGUUAGAUUCACUAAUUAUUACCUCAAAGAAAUAAUGCAAGCGUCAAGGAACAAAACAGUUGAAACUGGAGAACAUAAAAACAUCAAAUUAUUUGCUGACAUUUCAAAUGCAUCGCGUGAAAAUAGAACCUUUUCUGCGCAAACGCAAAAAUAUUAAAUAUAGAGUGAUAUUUCCUUCGGCUCUAGUGGUUGCAUUCCAGGAUGUUUCUUACCUCUUUAAAGAUCCUCAGGAACCCAAAAAGAAGUUUUCACUAUGGGGUUUCUAAAAAGUCUCGGAAGAUGUGCUCCUUGUAGUUUUUGAAUGAAAAUUUUAUUUUUAUUUUUUUUUCACAAAAAGCAUAAUAGCACUGGCUAUCUAACUUAUUGGUAUAAGUUGCUGAGAGUUCACCUAGAUUUUGGUACACGUCGUCCACAGAAAGAAGAGAUGUGAUUUGGGAUUGGGGAGACGGGGGAGGAGGAUGGGGAAACGACGAACAUACCUUGGAUAGGAGUUUGCUGUUUCUUCCUUCUCCUCCCCUCUCCCUCCACUUAGGUUAUUGGGAGUGGGUUUGAAUUAUGACUAAAUAUGUUGAUGUAACAUUUCUCAUUUUUCACAUAGAAAGUGAAGUAAUAAUUAAUCACAAAGCACGAUAUAAUAUCGGGAAAUAAUGAAGAUAGUCACAUUUAUGAAAUUCUAAGUAUGAAGCAAUAAUGAUGAUUCUAAAUAUGAAAGGGGUAAACACUUUUGGUAUUCUCACAAACAUGACAGGGUGAGAAAUGGGAGGGAAUGGUUGGGCGUUUAUACGGGGUUUGAACAAUUUAUAAGAAUAACAGCAUAGUUCUCAUACAGAAGGCAAAAAUUAAAUAGAUAUUUAUAUAGAAAUAUUUAGUCAUUCUAAUUAUGGUAUAAGUUUACAAGGGGAAGGGCAGGGAUUGGGACUUUUUGGGGUGUUGGAGGGAUGGGGGCUUGAAAUGGGAAGGGAAAGAGGUCUAAACACUUUAGGAGGUUUGUUCCUCCUUCUUUCUCCCCUCUCCCUUCAUGUUAAUUUGUGCCUUUGUGCAGAUGUUGAUCUUCUUUAGCCUUUAAAUAUUAAUAGAGAACUAUCAUGUGGCCUCCCCUCUUGCUGGGCUUUCUUUUGUCCUGCGGCAGCUGCAGUUCUAAGCACGAACUCAAAAUGUAUUUGAGUUACUCAUGCUUUGGUUGGGAGGUACGGACCUUAUCCCUCGUGGAUAUGCAGGUGUAAGGUCAAGUUGAAUGUGUGGUUUGUGGUAUGUUUGGAGAAGGUCCUGGGGUGGGGGGUGGAUAGAGUUGAUGUACUUAAAUGUGUAACAGUCAGUAAACGUUAUGUCUAUUAAUUUAGUCUCCCUGAAUUCACCUCAGUGGUCAUCUAUGUGAAUUUUUGCAAGAAAAUAAUGUAGAUAUAGCUCUGGUUCAAAAAAAAAAUUGGCAAGAGAAGGCUUCUGGGCUGUGGAGGUUCUCUAAAUACCCCCAAAUAUGAAGACCCAAAAGAAAAAAGACCAUUAUCCUUUUUUAAAAAAGUGAAAUUUCAGGAAAUAUUAUUGGAAAGGGAUGAGAAUGGGCAUUAUCUAAUUUUAAUUGCAAAAAUUAAUGACAUUUUAUAUACAAUUGUCAAUUUGUACGCUCCAAAUCAAUUCCCUAUGAGAUUUUUAAACAAAUUUAUGAACCGAAUAGACAAACUGGAAGCAGGCAGAUUAAUAACAGGGGGUAAUUUUAACUGCAUAAUAGACCAUAAAUAUGAUGGAAAUAAUCCUAAAAUUAAGAUUGACUCCCAGACCUUAAAGUUAACUAAAGUAAUGCAAAUUUGUUUUACAUAGUAACCAACUAUAUGACAGCUGGAGAGUGAAUAAUCCAAUGGGGCGAGAUUAUACCUUUUUUUUUUCUCAAAUGCAUCAAAUAUUUCCUCCAUAGAUUACUUUAGAUCUAAUUUAUUGAACUAUGUAACAAAUACUAAAAUAGGCUCAAUAACGUGGUCUGACCACGCCCCUAUUUUUGUUUCUCUCAAGAAUAACGUGGAAUAUAAGGUCAGGAAUAACUGGGGGCUUAAUGAGUCUGUUAUGUAAGAGCGAAAACAUUAUGCCUCUUUCAUCCCACAUUCAAGAUUUUUUUUAGAUCAAAAUGACAGGGGCGAUGUUUCGCAUAUGACCUUGUGGUGUACUUUGAAGUGUUAUAUAAGAGGUAUACUCAAAAAUAGGCACUCAAACAAAAAAAACUGAGAAUGACUGAGCAUUUUAUAUAUUAAUUUAGCAAAAUUAGAAAGAGGCCAUAAGGCCUCCUUGGAUCCCUCCACCUUGUCAGAGAUCAAUAGAGUGAGAAAGGAAAUCACAGAGCAGGCAGGCACUUUUAAAAAUCAAUAAAGCCAUUUUUAUUUUAAGACAAAAAUGGUACCAUGCUGCCAAUCGAUUUAGCAAAAUGUUAACAAGUAAGUUAAAGAAUAAGUGCUGAUAUAAUAAAAAAAAUUGUAGUUAAGGGAAAACAACUCCUAACCCCCAGACAGAUCAGUCAGGCCUUUGGGGACUAUUAUAGAUCUUUAUACAAUCUAGAAGAUCAUGGAUUUUCUAAGGUUGAAAUAUCUAAAUUUCUUAAUAAUCUUAAACUUCCUAAAAUUUUGCCUGCCAAAUUAGACUUUUUAAAUAAACCUAUUUCGUUUAUUUAAAAAAAAAUUUUGGGCCAUGAAAAAUUGCAUUAAAUCACUAAAAACUAACAAAUCACCAGGGCCAGACGGGUACUCCGCCGGGUUUUUUCAGAAAUGUAAAAAUUUAUUUUCACCGUUAUUAUUAAGAACAUAUCAUCAAUUUAUGACGAGUAAUAUCAUUCCAUCUGAAAUGUUAUAAGCAACAAUCACUCCAAUACCUAAGGUUAUUAAAGAUCCCACCUCUAUUUCCAACUAUCGCCCAAUACCUCUCAUUAAUCUGGAUAUUUAAAAUCGAUUCUAAAAUUUUGGCCCAAAGAUUGAAAGAAGUUCUUCCUGAUUUGAUUCAUUUAGACCAAUGCGGGUUUAUAAAGGAAAGAUGCACAAAUGAUAACACUAGAAAAGUGAUAAAUAUUAUAUAUCAUAUAAACCAACAAGAGGGGGUUCGACCAUGAUGGCUUUCGAUGCUAAAAAAGCGUUUGACGGGUGAAUUGGCGCUUUUUAGAUGAAAUCUUGGGAGCUUUCGGCAUCGUGGGUGCAUUCAGGAGUAGUGUUAUGCUUUUGUACAGUUGCCCCACAGCUAGGAUUGUGGGAUAUAUGCUGUUGUCAGUGGUUCAGAAUUAGAAACGGAACGAGGCAGGGUUGUCCUCUCGCUCCUCUCUUGUAUGUCAUGACGAUUGAACUGUUAGCUAACCAGAUUAAACAAGAUAAAGAAAUUAAGGGUAUUACUAUGGAACAUUGGAAUGUAAACUUUCCUUGUAUGCGGACGAUGUCCUUUUAACUCUAGCGAAUCCGAAAUUCUUUAUCCCCAAUGUCAUCCAUUUGAUUGAAGAAUAUAGCAGUUUUUCAAAUUUUCAAAUAAACUAUAAUAAAACUCAAAUAAUAUGGAAUAAUGUAUCUUUUGCGGAUAUUGAGUACAUUAAAUCAAGAUUUAAAUUUGACUGACACUCCAAAUAUAUAGUCUAUUUGGGGAUUAAAUAUAUAUGGAUUUAGACCAUAUACGAAAAGAAAAUUAUAAUCUUAAACUUUGCGAUCUUAGAAAUACUUUAGCAAAUUGGAAAGGAAUGGAACUAUCUUGGAUAGGAAGAGCGGAAGUAGUAAAAUCCUAUUUGCUCCCUAAAAUGUUAUAUUUGUUUAAAAACAUAUCUCUCAAAAUUAAUAAUUUAGUACUUAAGGACAUCCAACUGAUUAAUACAUUUAUUUGGCAAGACAAGAAAUUUAGAAUUUCCUCCGAUACUUUAUAUAAGGAUUUUCAAAUGCAGGGGCUUGUAUAAAAAGAAUAUGUUUGCGCAUGCUACCGCCCAAGACAAUAUGUCAACCUCCAGACCCAUUUGGCUGGAGAUCAAAAAACAAGAUUUAGGGAAACGUGAACCUCUCUGUCUACUUUGGUCCAGUAUAGACUGUAACGGAACCGCUGGCACCCCGACUGGGUACCUUCCGCCGACGGAUGCUCCUAGUGCUUUCCGAGGACUCCAAGAACUCUGCCUGACACCCUAACCACUGCAGACCCCACGAACCGCCGCAGCUUGGUUGGGGUCUCGCCGUCUCCACCCACUCUGGACCCAGGACCAGGGUCCAGCUUCCAGCAGGUCGACCCCUCUCCGAAUUCCAGAGAGCAGGAACAGGAACAAGCUCUUAGCAGAGCUUAAUGAUUAUACCCUGGGGAGUAUAGUGAUUAUAGCAAUCCCCAGAGUGUAGUUUCUCCAAUCCCCCAAACAUGAGCCUAAACUUCAUGAAGGUACAAGAUGAUCUGCUUUUUAAUGACCACAUACUGGCUUUUAUGCAAGUCCCCAUGCAAGGGGACAUCCCACAGGGUGGGACACAGUACAACCAAUUGCACAAUGGUUACAUCCCACACAUCUCCUCCCCUUAGCCUGAGAGGUAACCCAAUUAUCCAUACAUUUUAAAACACACUUUUUACCCAACUUUCAUAACUCUAAAACCAUACAUCCAAUAUUAAUAAAAAGUCACAUAUUAUUAAUCAGCACAUCCCAAAUACUAACAUACCCAAAAAUCAUGCAAAUCCUUCCAUUAGUUCAAAAGUUAGUUAGAGGUCCUUUGUGACCAAAGGAAGCAUGGCUUUUCCUGCCCAAACCAGUUCCCACUGGUCUGGCAGUGUCCCUGGGACAACUCCCUGCUGGAGAACAAUAGACAGGAAACCGGGGAGGGGAAGAAACACACCUUCCCAUGGAUUCCAAUGGGAAGAAACUGUCUUUAGAAGCCAAUAAGCCCCAAAUAGUCUUUUUAAAUGGCAAUACACCCCAGGGCCAUAGUCAUGAGGAAGGAGGCUGGCAAUCAGGCUCCUCCAAAAGCCGGGGGCAAAGGGCAGCUUGUCACCUAACAAUCCAGGGACAAAAGGCAUUUCGUCACACAUCUCCCCUUUGGGGGGGGAGACUAACCAGGUACCUGACCUGCCGGUCAGUGCCUGAGUUAGUCGAUAAACCCACCCACAGUGAACAAGUACAUGAGUAGCCCACCCACAAAUAACAAGUGGCAAAGUAGCCCCCCCACAAUAAACAGUACUGGCCAGUAGGUUCCAGAUUGUAGGAUAAAAAUGCCGCAUCCUCGGCCUUCCUGGUGCAGCUGGGCAAAUAGCUGGUGGUACUUGGGGGGCAGAGGCCAGCGGCGCUCUGCCCUGAUGUCAGCUCUUGCGCUGGGAUAGCCGGUAGAAUGUCAAGCUCUGUACAAGGGUCAAAGGGAGGGCAGAGGCCAACUGCACUCUGCCCAGCUGCCAGCUCUUCCGCUGGUAUAGGCUGCAGGACAUCAGGCUCUGGACAAGGGACACAGGGAGGGCAGAGGCCGACUGCAUUCUGCCCAGCUGUCAGCUCUUCUGCUGGGGUGCUGGGAACAUAGUCCGGCUCAGUAGCCUGGGGAACAUGUGGGGGUGGGGGUUAACAUCUCCUCUGUUAACCCUGGGUCCAAGUUAGGAGUUAGCUGGGGAGGGGAAUUCGUACUUACCCCCUCCUCCUGUUGUCCCUGUGAGGGUAGUUGGGGAUCUGGACAGGUUGUCCAGCAUCCCUGUAGGUCGGGCACGGAGACCACGGUCCCCUCUGCGCCAUCUGGGAGAUUGGUGUCUCCCCUUGGUAGGUAAGCUGCCGCUGGGGAGAUAGGGUGCUGUGCUCCUCUCCCUGAAACACAGUCUGCCGCUGGAGAGGGAGACCGCCUGUCUCCACUCCCAUAACAUUGUCCUGCUGCUGGAGAGAGAGACCAACUGUCUCUGCUCCCAGUAGGACACACUGCUGCUGGGGGGGAAGGACAACACCUUCGGCCCCCUGGAAUUCACACUGCCGCUGGGGAGGAAGGACGACACCUUCGGCUCCCUGUAAUUCACACUGCCGCUGGGGAGGAAGGACGAUACCUUCGGCUCCCUGUAACUUGCACUGCCGCUAGGGAGAGAGACCGGUUGUCUCUUCUCCCUUGUCAACACACUGCCGCUGGGGAGUCAGACCGACUGUCUCGACUCCCAGUGAUGAUGGUUGCUGCAGGGAUGAGGGACCGACAAUCUCCUCUCCCUGGGAUGCUGUCUGCCGCUGGGGAGAGAGAUCAAUUGGCCACAGGCCCAAUCUCCGCAAUCGGAGCUCAAAUUCCCAUGCCUCUCGAUUCUCCUCAUCCAACUUGCGCAUGGUUGCCAGGAUCGUCUCUAACGAGGGAUCCGGGCCAUACCUGGUUAACUGCCUCUUUGCUUCCUCCCUGUAAGCGGCACCCUCAAAGCGAUAGGUCAUGUUUGCUGUGACCAGGGGCGCUGUACGAAUACUAGCGUUGCCCUCAAAUUGUAAUUCCAAACGUUACCGGUGCCUCUGCGCUGCUUCUCCUCGCACUAGGAUGCCAUCCCACCGCUUCCACCACUGUAACGGAACCGCUGGCACCCCGACCGGGUACCUUCCGCCGACGGAUGCUGGUCUGGCAGUGUCCCUGGGACAACUCCCUGCUGGAGAACAAUAGACAGGAAACCGGGGAAGGGAAGAAACACACCUUCCCAUGGAUUCCAAUGGGAAGAAACUGUCUUUAGAAGCCAAUAAGCCCCAAAUAAUCUUUUUAAAUGGCAAUACACCCCAGGGCCAUAGUCAUGAGGAAGGAGGCUGGCAAUCAGGCUCCUCCAAAAGCCGGGGGCAAAGGGCAGCUUGUCACCUAACAAUCCAGGGACAAAAGGCAUUUCUUCACAUAGACCUUAAGGAGAAAGGAAGUAGAAUGUUUUCUAUUCAUAACCCGAUAAUUAGAGAUAUUUACACAACCUUUUAUAAUUUAAAGAUUACAGAUCGGGGUUUAUGAAAUUCCCUCUUGCAUAAUAUGCCAUUAGAAAGAAUUGAACUAGAUAUAGGUGACAUUAGUUUGUUAAGUUGGAGAGAAAAGAGCAUCAAAACUCUAAAAGAUCUAGCACCAGAGGGGUCCUUGUUACCUUUUGAUUUGCUCCAGACGAGUUUUGAUUUAUCGUCCUGAGAAGUUUUCAGUUAUCUUAGAUUAAAAAAAAUUUAAUUAACCACUUAAGGACACAACUUCAGGAAUAAAAGGGAAUCAUGACGGAAUAUUUCCGUCAUGUGUCCUUAAGGGGUUAAAACAAAAAACCAUUGUAACCGAUAACCCUGUAAUUGAUAUUUUUGAUAAACACCAUAAACAUAAGAUUACCUCUAGGGUUUCCAAUUUUUUUCACCCUAUUACACCCCCUCAAGAAAAAAUUUCUCCAUGGAUUAAAUGGGAAAAGGAGAUGAAUGUUGAACUGCAAUAUGAAGAAUGGUUGAAGGGUUUGAUGAUUGUUAGGAAGAAUGUUCACAGCAUGACUCUAAUAGAAACUCAGUACAAAAUAACUUUACGCUGGUACUUAGUCCCAGUUAGACAGCACAAAGUUUACUCCAAUACAUCACAAAUGUGUUGGCGAUGCGAAACAAACGUGGGUUCAUUCUUGCAUAUCUGGUGGGGAUGUCCUGAGUUAAAAAAAACUAUAAAGCCCUUACAGAAUUGUCUUAAGUCUCUGCUGGGAAUUUACUUUGUUCUUAUUCCUCAGAUCUUUCUUUUUAAUAUUUUGUUACCUGGAAAUCAUACUCAGAACUGUCUAAUUGUUCACAUAAUAUUAGCCGUUAAAAUUUGUAUUGCACGAAAAUGGAAAUCUAAGGGUGGUUUGGGUUGGACAGAAAUAUUGCAACAAAUAGAUUACCAACAUAGAAUGGAGGCCUCAUGUCAUUUAGACCAGUCUCAAUACGUCAAUAUCAAUAUCUGAAACUUUGGGUUCCCUGGAAAUAAUUCAAGGAGAACAAUGCGAGCUUAUUCUAGACGGAAAGAAUAUGUCAUCUCCUGCCCCCCUUCCCCCUCGAUAAGGACCUUGGGUGAAUGCUGAAUGUAUGUAAUUUAAAUGUAGUAUUGUCUUUCAUACAAAUUUAACUAUUUGCUUGUACUUUAAUUAUAAAGAAAUGUUAACUUGUAAAAACAAACGAAAUAAUAAAAAAGGACCGAAAGAAAGAAAAAGAAAGAAAGAAAGAGAAAAAAAUAAUAAAGGGUUAUACUACUUAUAUGUUUAUUAUAUCCUAUUGCCUUUUUCAAGUUGUUACUUAAAUGCAAGAUGUUUAAAGCCUACUCGAAAAGUACUAUAUUGUUAUGGUAUAUGUACUGUAUGACUCUUUUGCUUGACUCAAUAAAAAAAUAAACAUAUAUAAAAAAAAGAAAAAAAAAGAAUUAUGUUUAAAAUCCACCUCUGCUCUAUUAUUUUUUAACCUUUAAUGAAAAGAGGAUAGGCAAAUCCCUAUACAUCUUGCCAGGUAGGGGAGUCUUAUACAAAUUAAGUGUGCAGUUCUCUGCAAAUUUGCAGCUGGACCACGUUCAGCAAAAUCUGAUACUUUGCAAAUGCUAUCUGAAAUAUAAGCCUGUGGUGACCUUCCAAACUGGAACGUUCUUGUAUAACGUGCAUGAAAACAAACCUUGGAAUACAUGGGGAGCCUGUGUGUCUGUGUCAAGGUGGCAUUUUCUUUUUUUCUUUGAGCACAAAUGCCAUUUUUCAAUUUGCCCAUACAUCUGAUUUUAUAGGUUGGUAAUUAGGUCACAUACAUGCAAAAACACCACCUUUUGACACAAAUGGAGUUUUUAUCUCUUUAUUAAUUAACCCCUUAAGGACCAAACUUCUGGAAUAAAAGGGAAUCAUGACAUGUCAGACAUGUCAUGUGUCUCUAAGGGGUUAAAGAGACACUAUAGUCACCAGAACAACUACAGCUUAAUGUAGUUGUGCUGGUGAGUAUAAUAGCUCCCUUCUGGCUUUUUUCAUGCAAACACUGCUUUUUCAGAGAUGCUGAAUUUUCCUCAUAGAGAUGCAUUAAUUCAAUGCAUCUCUUUGAGGAGGUCCUGAUUGGCCAAAACGGCAUUUGGCCCCGCCCCGUGCCAAUUUUAGAUAGGGAUAGCAUUGGAUUGGCUAAAAAUCGACCAUUUAGAUUGUCACAAAGGGGGCAGAGCCAGCGCUGGCAGACCCACGCGGCGCUGGAAAUAAGGUGAGUUUUAAACUUUUAUAGGGGAAUUAAGGGGGGGGGGACAAGUCAUCUAGAUGGUAGUGUUAACACUAUAGGGUCAGGAAUACAUGUUUGUGUUCCUGACCCUAUAGUGUUCCUUUAAGCUUACUGUCUCCUACCUUCUCCUCUUCUACCUUGCAUAUCUUUUCCCAUUGUUCCCUCUGCACAGAUACUUUAUGUUAUAGCAAGCAGGGCUGAAUGCUAGAUGACAAUGGAAAUAUCUGACUUUUUAAGGUACUUUUUAUCUUGGUACUAUCUCAAGCUCCUUGUAUGCAUGGUGAUUAAUGAUUCAUAUUAUCUUGGACAUUCAAGGGUUCUUUGCUCACUAGAGAGCUUGUGUGGUCCUGUGAGUUUCCAUGGAGACAGUGGUAGUGUUGUCUGUUCAAGAUGUUGCCAUGGAAACAGAUACCUUGAGGAAUCCUUUAAUUGGCUGAACAGAAAUACCUCCUUUUACCCCUAAGUACUCCCUCUCUUUUCAUGGCUGCAUAUAAGUCUUGCAGACAGGGUAUAACAGCAAACCUAUGUUCUUUAAAGCACCAUCACCUUAUCUGGUACUUUGCUGCAGAUAUUCCUUUCAUUGUAUAGUGGUGUAUCCUCCGCUAUAAGUUCAACAUGCUGUCCACACAGGCACAUAGGAUAUUUUAGUUAUAUGAAUGCAUGGCUCAGUUUUUUUUAUAUCAUCUCUAAUACUUACAAUAGACAGUUGACACAAUCUAUUUUACUACAAUCAUUUCCUCAUUUCACCAUUCUUUGUUUUCACCUUAUUUAUGUUACAGGUAAUUCAUCUGUAGGAGCCUAGAUCCAUUCACUCCUCGUUUUUUGUUUUUGUCAUAAAUCUUUACUUUCUUUUUAUAUCACCAUUCUGAAGUAAACCAGAAAUAUAAUCAACCGGAGCACAAUGAAUACGUGAAUGGCUUGGUGGCAGGUUUUGGAAAUAUUUAGGAUUAAAGGGACUCUCCAGUUCCCUAAAGCAUUUAAACUUGACAAAAGUGUUUAACCCCUUCAGGAUCAAACUUCUGGAAUAAAAGGGAAUCUUGACAUGUCACACAUGUCAUGUGUCCUUAAGGGGUUAAGGGUUAAUUCCAUGCCCCCUGUGGGUCGUUUUAGAAAAGUGCAGAUUUCAAAAAAAGAAAUCAGCAAUUUUAAAAAUCCCUUUGCCUCUCAACCAGAUAGGUAGCUAGGAGGGAUUUCUGCCAGUAGUUCAAAGUGAAAGUGAGUGCUUCUCUAUUAGAUUGCAAUGAUGGCUGUGCAUUUGUUAUGUGUCCCAGUGCUUCUCUAUGAAAAGCAUCUGAUUGGACACAAAUCACUAGUAAUGCCGACUUUACAGGAGGCGGAUCUGAGAUGUAUUGAGGAGACUGUCCCAACACUGGAAUAACGUUGAGUUUAGUAGUUUAAGAUACCUAAAUAGAGAGGCAGUAAUAUAAAAAGUAAAAAAAAAAAAAAAAUGAUAUAUAUUAUUUUUUAAUUAGAAAGUUUCUGUAACACAGCAACAAUCCAAGCUAUCAACAGAACAUCAGUUUUCUUUUCACUUCCUACUUUUCUUCAUUGUUUAUGAAUCUUUAUUAAAUAUUCAAACUGCUGUCAUGAACACUGCUUCUAACUAACUUUUCUAUAACCCUUUCUAUAUUUUGCAGGUUAGUCGAGUACUUACCCCAACUGGAUGCUUCAUCUCAGUCACCUUCUCUCCCCCUCAUUUCCGCACACGCCAUUACGCACAACCAGAAUAUGACUGGUCUGUGUCCUGUGACACAUAUGGCAGAGACUUCCACUAUUUCCUGUAUACCAUGCGCAAGGGGCAGGAACUUACUGUGCGUGACCAGGAGAGGGGGUUGAGUCUACAUGCGCCAUAUAUUGGUCCAGAGACACUACCAACACUUGCUGAGACUAAUGAUGAGGAAUUCCUGUAUAACAUUCAUAUUUGACUGUGGAAUGAGCGCUUAUGAAGAUUUUAUUGAGAAAACUAUUUUACUUGGAUGAAGAGUUAAGCAGAACCAAUAUCAAAAUCAAUACUGAGAUUGAUUUUACUACUAAUAUACUGAGAUAUCCUUGUGAUACUUUUUGACUGCUUGUCAGAUUCAGACACAUAAACAAUCAUUGUUGCUCUCUCUGGAGUUUAUUUUUUUUUUCGUUUUGGUUUUAUCUCCUUUUUUUUUUUGUUACAACAAUUCUUGACUUUAGCAUCUUUUGGGUAUUUUGGGAAUUAUAUUCUAUAACAUCAUUUAUCUGUAUACACUAGUACUCAUUUUAAACAAUUGUAUGUGAUUAUUAUACUUAUUAUUAAGAUUGCAAGUAUACCAAAAUCCAGAUCCUUGACAAAAUAUAAAACGAUAAUAAUAUCUCUCUUAAUAAUAACGUUCUGCUCUUUAUAAGGCACAACAGAUCACUAAUAAGCCUUGAGGAAUACACCAUGAACAUUGCUCCUUUGUUGUGUUAAAUAAAGAGUAUAUUUGAUAGAGAGGUGCUGUACUAUGUUUUUAUUAUUUCACUCGGUGAAGUGUAAGCUUGCAAUUACAAAUAAGUUAAGAUUGUUAUAGUUAAAAUGGCAAAUAGCCCAUCUUGUAUACCUCUCUUCCGUAACAAUUCAAAUUUUUUUAUAGAUUUUCAAUAACCUUACACGUCACGGGCAACCUUACAUGACUAUUAUUGGGGAGAGUUCCAAAGUAUGGUUAAGGUGAUUUGAAUUGUUCAUGAUGCCAAGAGUCUGUAUGUACAGCGUUUCAAAGAAAAAACCCAAAGUUUAACCCCUUUGUUACUGGAGGUGGUGUAGCUUCACCUUCUGCAUCGUCAUUAGCCAGCCCGGAACAAGACUUCCAGGCUGGUCAAUGUCUGUUCUUUGCAUAUUCCAAUGCACAGUAUUGCAUUCUUUGGGUGACAGCAGGCUGUAGUGGUUCUGAUACUUGGAGCAUCCGUUUAACAUGAAAUGCUUUCAGGGUUAUUUACUUCGAAGAAAAUUCAAAAUGAAUCUCAUGUUUUAAGGCUAGAGUAGCAGAGCUAAAAGCAUAGCUGAUUUCUUUUCCACUUUAGCUAUUUUGACCUACAAUUUUAAACUCACUUUGAAAUUCUGACUUUAUUGAAUAACCCUUUGUGUGUUCUAACCUACAGUGUGAAAUAUUUGAAUUUAGGUAUUUAGACUGUGUACCACCUUAUUCUCAUUUGAGAAAUACGUCUGCAAUUACAGAGCCUGUGUAAAAUAGCACAACUUUUAAAAUGCUUUCAAAAGGGUAGAAAAAUAUGUAUCUGAUGUUGUCUACUGUAAAAAAAUGGUGAAAUCCAAAAGUUCACUCUCAGUCAAUUGAAAUUGAUAGAUUACCCCCUAAUGCAUAACACUAGGGACACUCCAGUGCCAGGAAAACAAAUCGUUUCCUGGCAGUGCAGGUCCCCUCUCCUUCCCACUCCCCAUCCCAGGUUGCUGAAGGGGUUUAAACCCCUUCAGCGACUUACCGGAGUCCAGCAUCGAUGUCCCUCGGCGCUGGUCCAGGGUCCGCUCACGCUCCUUGACGUCAUCCGGCGGGGGAGACCGGUUGCGCAUGCGCGGCCGCCGGCGGGAUGAGACCUAAUAGACCUCCCCAUAGGAAAGCAUUGAAAAAUGCUUCCCUAUGGGGAUUUUAGCAACGCUGGAGGUCCUCACAUAGCGUGAGGAUGUCCAGCGACGCUAUAGCACAGAAAAUCUGUGCUAGAAACCUGGAAGUGCCAUCUAGUGGCUGUCUAGUAGACAGCCACUAGAGGAGGAGUUAACCCUGCAAUGUAAAUAUUGCAGUUUAUGAAUACUGCAAUAUUUACAGUUGCAGGGUUAAGGGUAGUGGGAGUUGGCACCCAGACCACUCCAAUGGGCAGAAGUGGUCUGGGUGCCUG